UCAAACGGUGUCCGGCCGAAACGAAAGAUCUCUGGCUAUAUACGCCCAGCAAAAACGAAAUUUUAAUUAGAAUAGAACGUUUCAUUUUAAUUUAAAUUGAUUGCAACUAAUUUAACAUAACGAACCACCCACACGCCUAAAUAACUUAAUUUUCGACACAAUCCUCAACUUAAACUAAGUGUAACAACCAAGAGCUUCCUGUAAAAGCCAAUUUCUGUGCAGAAGAAAACGAAAGGAAACAUAAGAAAUUUAAUUGUAAAUGAACUGCUCCACAUACCAACGAAAUUCGACUUAUUCUGUGCGGCGCGGAAAAAAAUUAACGUAUUGACGUCAUUGCGAAAUUCGAGAAAUUACACUGGAAGAAAGAAUGCUAAACAAACAAUUGCCGCAGUAGCAGAAGUAAAUAAACUGUACGAGUAUAGACCUAUUACAAAACAUAGUCUUCGGCCUCGUUGUGUGAGAGGAGUGUGGAGUGAGUGAAGCUGGUAAACAAUAAUUUUGGUUCAUGUUAAUUACGCCGAGGCAAAUGCCAAACUUUGGUCUACGUUUGCGCAAGGAUUUGAAUGUUAAUGAUAAACCCUGAAUGAGAUUCAGGCGAAUCUAUCAAUGACCAGGUGAAGUAAAUAUAGCAAAGACUUUCGGCAGGGUCGGACCACACACCGCAUAUGCAGCACUUAUAGAAAAAAAAAUAAUAAUUUAAAACAAAACAAAACAAAAAAAACAAACGACGGCUACAUUUUUGUAUACGAAAGAUACAUCAAAAAUGGCUGAAAAUCAAACAAAAACGACCUCUAGCAAAGGAUUCAAUGAGAAGAGAUUGAACGCACCACAGAUCCUCAAGCCCCACAAUGCUGGGGCUGCAGGUGGCGUGCGUAGCAGAACAGACCCCCAAGGCAGGGCCCAAGCGAGCUUCCAGGAAGACUGGCAGACGCUGGUCGUCGGCAAAAAUAAAUUGAAACGCAAAAAGAAGCUGAGCACAUCCCUGACGUCCGUUGGGGAUACAGUCAAUCAGGAGAAACGCACCCGCAUCGAGGGUAUCCAUUUGCAGUGUCGCGGCAAAUUGCGCGCCAGGGAUACAAACACUUUUGAGGAUGCCUCAAAAGUACAAAAUGCAGCUACCAAGAGCUGCGCCAAGGUGGAGCGUCCACCGGUGAUCAUUGGGGGCGUAACCACAACCAAUGUGCAGACGGCACCGCCGCAGCGUAUAAAGCGCAAGCUGCAGGAGAAUCUGGAUACCAUACAGAAGCUGAAUGCACUCACCGAGCAGCUACGCUUGGAGGUGAACGAGCUAAAGUCCAGCCUGAUCACCGAACGCGGUGCGGUGCGUGCCCUAAGGGCCCAAAACGAUGCCGAUAGCCGCAAAUGGAAGAACGAUGUUAAGAAACUUCAGCAUACGCUGGACGUAACAAAAAAGUGUACUGGUUCAAAGAAACCCAACGAAUUGGCCACCAUCGAGGCCACCAAUGCCAGCAGCACCGGCACCAGCACUAGCACACACGUGACGACGGCCGAUGGCCUCAUCAACUAUGAAAUUCAAAGACUGACAAACGAAAUUGCCGUGCUAAAAGAAGCAAACAAAAUGAAGGAGGAAAAGUCCCAGAUUAUUGGGCAGGCUGAUAGACUCAAGGCUGCCGAUAUGCGGCAAUUGAAGAAUGCAUAUGAAAACCGAUUGACUCAGAUACAAAAAUCAGCCAAAAUUGAAAUAACACGUUUGCUAGAGGAAAUCAAAACCAAAGAACGUAAUAUAGGACAACUGAAAAAGGAUUUGUUGACAUUGCAGGGCCCACAGGGCCCUAUAAAAAAAAGGACCUCAAAUGAAGCCAAAAUGUCAACGACGAUGAAACACAAAACGAACGAAACGAGCCAAAAGCCAAAGAAACCAACAACGAUCACAACUACAGCAACAACAUUAACAACUUCAACAAUAUCUAAAGCAACAAAAGCUAAAAACGAACCAGAUACAGAUACAAAUCCCAUACACCAGGCUCAAGUUACACCUGAGAUAACACAACUCAAGAACAUUGAGCUAAUCAACAAUACGAAAAAUGCGCAUAAAUCAACGCUCGAGAUGCGCACAACAUUGAAGAGCAACAACAGCCAGAAGGAGCUGCAGCAGCAGCAGAUUGAAGAUGGAGCCACCACAUGGAUGACAACGCUGCUAAAUGGCCAUGCCACAGCCAAGACAAAGGACAACAAUUCGGACACGGAUUCGGCACUCUCAUCGGCACCGCCUUCGAUUAGUCCACAGCCGCCUUCAAGUGGCUCCGACAGCGGUGUCAUCUGGCAGACUCUGCAGGAUCUGGACAAACUGCAGAAGGAAGCGGAAAUGUAUCACAAGGAGAACGAACGUCUGCAAGCCGAAGUGCAGCUGAUGAAACAGGAGCUGGAGAGCGCCGAAAAGGCAGCCAUCAGCCACACGCAUAUCAAUGAGCUGAUGCAGCGCAUCAAGGAGCUUGAGGAGCAGCAAAUGCACAACAGCGACGAGUCCAACGAGCUGCGCGAACAGAAUGAACUUCUCGAGUUUCGCAUACUCGAACUAGAGGAUGAUAGCGAUAAGAUGGACGGCAGCACCUGCGAGGGUCACUGUCAGCGUUUGCAGCAUCUGCUGGAGGAAUCCGCACAGCACUUGGCGGACAGGGACAAACGCUGCUUGCAACAGUUGCUGCAAUGUGUCCAGCAAUUGGAUCUAGAUGCCAUGAUGCCGUCAGCCGAACAGACCAAAGCAGAUCAGCGUCUGCGGCACACACAGAGCCACCAGCGCAUUGUGGCCACCGUUCAGCCGUAUAGCAAUUGCUGUGCCCCGCCCAGUGCACCGCCAACGCCCAGCAAGCGAUCGUCGAUCGUCGCCUGGCAGAGCAGCAGCCUCAGCGAAAGCGGCGUCUUCGUCGAGUGCGAUCUGUCCACAUCCACCGCAGUCUACCAGCAUCCGCAUUUGCAGUACUACCAGGAGCGACUGGACCAACUGGAGCGCAAGCUACUGGUCUACGAGAGUGCCGGCGAGACGCAGGCACAGCACUAGUCCCAGCGACUGCAGCGAGAGGUGCUGCUGGAGAAGGAGGCGCGAGAGCUGAGCGAUCGAGUGCGACAGCUGGUGGAGGAGAACGCCCAGUUGGAGGAGGCCAAGUGUGAGUUCGAGGAGGCGGAGAACGACACGCGGUUGCAUUUGCAGCGCAACGAGGUGGAACUGGAGAUUACACGGCAGCGGAACGUGGAGCUAGAGUUCAGCAAGGACGCGUUGGGGGCCAAGUACAAGGACUGCCGCGCCGAGUGCCUGAUACUGAGAGAGGAUUUGGGUGCGGCGGAGACGCAAUUGGAGCAUCUGCACGAGGAGCGUCAGCGAACGAAGCGACAGUUGGAGGCACUGCGUCGAUCUCUGCCACUGCUGUUGAUCUGUCGCCUGUUGGCUCUGGCCAAAAUGGGCAACGACAUGUCCACCGAUAGUCCCAGUGCCCGGCUCUACUCCGGACAGUCCGGACAGUCUGCUGAUGCCGAUGCCGAGCCCGAGAACACACUCAGCCAGGGCGAGAGUCCACGGCACAGCUGUGACGCGCGGGAGGUGAGCUUCCUGCGGGAAGAGGUCAAGGAGCUGCGCAGCCAGCUAAAGGAUCUCGAUGCACGCCACUACGAGGCCAUGGAGUCGGCCGACUCGCACUGGGCCGAACAGGAGCAGGAGCACAAGGAGCGCGAGGAGGCGUUUCAGGCCAAGGAGGUGUCCCUCAAGCAGAAGAUUGCCAAGCUGCAGGACUGCCUGCGCGAGGAUUCGCGUGCGGCAGCGGAGAAGAUCCAGCAGCUGGAGGAGACCGAACUGGGCCUGAAGACCUGCCUGGUGCGGCUGACCAAAGAGCAUCGCGAUCUGCUCGAGGACAAUCGCGUGCUGCGCUCGCAAGUGGAGUGCCACAAGGCCCAGGAGCAGCUGGAGGCGGAGCAACAGAUGGCCGUGGCCCUGGACACCGAGAAGCGACGCAGCCAGGCGCUGAUCGAUGACCUCAGUUUCGCCAAGAAGCUGCAGGCGAGCACCGAGGCCGAGCAGGAGGCCGAAGCGCUGCGCAGCCAAAUGUACGAUCUGCGCAAGAGCUUCAUGCACAUCGAGGUCACCAAUGGGGAGCUCAAAGAGGAGGUGGGCACCCUGGAGAACAAGAUCCGGCAGAUGGAGUCGCAAUUGAAGGAGUCCGAGGAGCGAGCCCGCUGCCUGGAGGAUGAGCUGCGCACCAAGGAUGAGCUGUGCCAGCGCAUGGAGCGUGAAAUUGGUGUCUUCCCGGAGGGCUUUAGUCUCGCCCACGAGCUCUACGACAGUCCGGCCAAGCGGGCCAAACGCGAGGAGAUCAAGGAUUUGCAGUCCGCAAGCCUGCAACUCGGCUGUGUCCUGCGCGACGUUGAGCGGCAGAGCGAGGCAGAUAUUCCCACACACAAGGAGUUCCAGGUGAUAGCAUGCAGCGUGAAGCAGCUGGCGGACCAAAUACUCGCUGCCAAGCGUCCGUCCGAGGUGAGUACCAUGUAUUCCAGCAACUCCAAAGAGACGCUCACUGCAGCGGAUGAAGAAGCAGUGGCAGAAGGUGAUGUGCGCGGUGUGGGUGGAGCAGCUGUGGGUCAAUUGUCCAGCCCCAGGUCUGCCAAAUCGCUGGCAGCACUACGCAGAUAUCGACGUUUGCAUGCUGCUAAAUCGAGCAAGACCAAGGAUAGAUUAGAGCAGAUCAGCGAGGCUCUUGACAGUCCAUUGCUUCCAGCUGGCACGGAGCUUCUCGGCGAGCCACCAGUGUCCAUGGAGCUUCUCGGCGAGCCUCCUGUGUCCAUGGAGACUCUCGGCGAGUUUCCUGCCGCCGUGGCGACUCUCGGCGAGUUUCCUGCCGCCGUGGCGACUCUCAGCGAGGUUCCAGCACUCAACGAGGUUCCAGCACUCAACGAGGUUCCAGCACUCAGCGAGGUUCCAGCACUCAGCGAGGUUCCAGCACUUAACGAGGUUCCAGCACUCAGCGAGGUUCCAGCACUCAACGAGGUUCCAGCACUCAACGAGGUUCCAGCACUCAGCGAGGUUCCAGCACUCAACGAGGUUCCAGCACUCAACGAGGUUCCAGCACUUAACGAGGUUCCAGCACUCAGCGAGGUUCCAGCACUCAACGAGGUUCCAGCACUCAACGAGGUUCCAGCACUCAACGAGGUUCCUGGCCUAACCAUGGAAUCAUUCUUCGAAGUCGCUGAGGACAUGGAGCAGCCAGAGAUGGAGCAUGAGCAGCAACUCUUUUCGAGGCGACGCAAGCGGAACAUGCUCAAACUGUUCACCUAUAGCCGCAUCUAUCGCGGCCGAGUGCGCUACCGUGCGCUGCCGCGGAGUCUGUCGAGCAACAGCUUCUACUCGAUGACUUCCCUUCACACCGUCCACUCGGAUACAUCGAUGCUGUCCUUCCGUUCGCAGCAUGCGAGUUUGGAGGCAGUGCCAACUGCCACAGCGUACCACGUGUCCAUUGUCCAAACGGAGUCAAUGCCCACCAGCGUCCAGGCGGUGCAGACCGAGCUCGAGACCUCAGAGUGUUACACUCAAUGUGACCGUGUGGAUGUGGAGCAGCGUCUGCUGCUGUUGCCGGAGCGGACGCGCCGUUUUGUGGAGAUGCUGCAGUGCGAGGCGGAGGAUGUGCCACGCUUCAGGGCCAGUCUGCUGCAAUUGUGGGAGAGCAGCGAGUCCUUUCGCGAAAACAUCGAACUGGUGCAGGAUCUGUACUGGGCAGAGCUGCCGCCGCCCGUGGAAAGCUUGGAGGUAUUUGCCAGUGCGAUGGGAGCUGUGCGCGACUUGGCUGCCACCAUGCAGCCGAAGUCUUCAUUUACGCUGAAAAAGAUCGAGCAGCGUUUCAACGAACGCGUGCUGCACUUGCACAGCGAGAUGGCGAAGAAAACCGAGCCGGAAAAUCCGGUCAAGGCGAUGCAGCAAAUGGGUCUGGUCUUCACACAUGUUCCACGACCAAAUCCAUUAUUCGAGCUAUUGGGUAUAGCUUGUAAUCCGCCAAUUCUUGCCAAUAUAUGA